UUGAGCGGCGCUGGCAGCGCGACCGGCGGCGGAGAGGCCCGAGCGCGCUGCACCGCUCCGGAUCGCAUCGCUCUGCUCCGCGCCCACCCACCUGGCCCGACCGACCCCGACCCCGACCCCGACCCCGGCGGCGGCUCCCGCGGGGCGCAGCGCGGCAGGGCGCGCUCCCGGCUGCCGUCAGCGCUCCGGCCUCGCCAGGUGCUGGCAGCGGCGGGCACGGGCUGGACGUCCCUCCCUGGCAGCUGCAGGAUCCCAGCGCAGCCUCAGACCAUUGCACUGAGAAGGAGAACCUCUGCAAGUUUUUCUCAAUGACUCUAUAGCCAACUGAUGUAACAAUGGUACUAAUAUUGGGACGCAGACUGAAUAGAGAGGAUAGCGGGAUACGAGAUUCCCCUGCAACCAAGCGGAAAGUCUUUGAAAUGGACCCAAAAUCGUUGUCAGGCCCUGAGUUUUUCGACUUCUCCUCGGGAUCAUCCCACGCAGAAAGCAUUCUCCAGAUCUUCAAUGAAUUCCGAGACAGCCGGCUGUUCACGGAUGUCAUCAUCUGCGUGGAGGGCCGGGAGUUCCCGUGCCACCGCGCCGUCCUCUCGGCCUGCAGCAGCUACUUCAGGGCCAUGUUCUGCAACGACCACAGGGAGAGCAGGGAGAUGCUGGUGGAGAUCAACGGCAUCUUUGCCGAAGCCAUGGAUUGCUUUUUGCAGUACGUGUACACGGGCAAGGUGAAAAUCACCACGGAGAACGUGCAGUAUCUCUUCGAAACGUCGAGCCUGUUCCAGAUCAGCGUCCUACGCGACGCCUGCGCCAAGUUCCUGGAGGAGCAGCUGGACCCCUGCAAUUGCCUGGGCAUCCAGCGCUUCGCCGACACGCACUCGCUCAAGACGCUGUUCACCAAGUGCAGGAACUUCGCGCUGCAGACGUUCGAGGACGUGUCCCAGCACGAAGAGUUCCUGGAGCUGGGCAAGGACGAGCUGAUUGAUUACAUCUGCAGCGACGAGCUGGUGAUCAGCAAGGAGGAGAUGGUGUUCGAGGCCGUCAUGCGCUGGGUGUACCGCGCCGUCGAGCUGCGCCGGCCCGUGCUCCACGAGCUCCUGACGCACGUCAGGCUCCCGCUCCUGCACCCCAACUACUUUGUUCAGACUGUGGAGGUGGACCAGUUGAUUCAGAAUUCCCCAGAGUGCUAUCAGCUGCUGCACGAAGCCAGGCGAUACCACAUCCUUGGAAACGAGAUGAUGUCUCCCAGAACUAGGCCACGCAGAUCAACUGGUUAUUCUGAGGUGAUAGUUGUUGUUGGAGGCUGUGAACGAGUUGGAGGGUUUAAUUUGCCAUACACGGAGUGCUAUGAUCCUGUGACAGGAGAGUGGAAGUCACUGGCUAAACUUCCAGAGUUUACCAAGUCUGAGUAUGCCGUGUGUGCACUGCGGAAUGAUAUUCUUGUUUCAGGUGGAAGAAUCAAUAGCCGGGAUGUCUGGAUUUAUAACUCUCAACUUAACAUUUGGAUCAGAGUUGCCUCCCUAAAUAAAGGCAGAUGGAGACAUAAAAUGGCUGUUCUUCUGGGUAAAGUGUACGUGGUGGGAGGAUACGACGGGCAGAACCGCCUGAGCAGUGUGGAGUGCUACGACUCCUUCUCCAACCGCUGGACAGAGGUGGCUCCCCUGAAGGAGGCCGUGAGCUCCCCAGCUGUCACCAGCUGUGUUGGCAAACUCUUUGUCAUUGGGGGUGGCCCUGAUGACAACACCUGUUCUGACAAGGUUCAGUCUUACGAUCCUGAUACCAACUCCUGGUUGCUGCGUGCCACCAUCCCCAUUGCCAAGAGAUGUAUCACCGCCGUGUCCCUGAACAACCUGAUCUACGUGGCUGGCGGGCUCACCAAAGCCAUUUACUGCUAUGACCCCAUUGAGGACUACUGGAUGCAUGUACAGAAUACAUUCAGCAGACAGGAAAAUUGUGGCAUGUCUGUGUGUAAUGGAAAAAUCUAUAUCCUUGGUGGAAGACGGGAAAAUGGAGAAGCCACAGACACUAUUCUUUGUUAUGACCCUGCCACGGGCAUUAUCACAGGAGUAGCAGCCAUGCCCAGGCCAGUAUCUUAUCAUGGCUGUGUGACCAUUCAUAGAUAUAAUGAAAAAGGCUUUAAACUGUAACUUCUCUUUUCUUGAAAAAAGAAGAAGAAUGAAUCCAGUGGUCUGCUGCAAGACAGGCUUUUUAAAGAUUCCUGAAGUGGGAAUUCCCUGCCUAAGUGUCAUACGAAAAUUAUAUCCUGUGCCUUUAGAAAAAGGGUUAAUUUAACUUACCAAACAAGUCUACAAACCUAUCCAGUAACCAGAGUUCAGUUAUAUCUGCUGUGGGCUCUGAUAUGAGAGCAGGACCUUGUACAGUGGUCAGCAAGUUUGCCCUAUGUGUAAUUAGUAAGUAAAACCUUGAAAGCUUUUUGGGGAAAGUGCCUUCAGCUUUUGUGCCUGUGUCUUUAAAAGCAAUAUCUUCAAGGUGUUUCCAGUUCUGCCAAUGGGAAAAAUGCAUAGGCAAGUAAAUCCCAAAGAGUCAUCCUGGAUCAUUAUCUGCAAUUUUAAAAGCUCAAUUAUAAUUCAUAUUCAUCAUUCUUAAAACCAACUAGAUUUUUGGUCAGAUCAUGCAUGGGUUGAAAAUUAAAAAAACAAACAAAGACAGCAACACAAAAAAACAAAGCAAAACCAAAACAACAAAACAAGCUACAUUGGACAAAUAACGAGAAUCUCUGAGAAAUGCUUUCUUCUGAAGGACAAACUGGUUGUUUGGUGAGCCACUACAACACACUGCAGUGAUGCUUGUGUACAUUAGCCCUGUGGAACUUACUCAUUGUGCUCAUAAAUGUCCAGCAGAGAAGAACAAGGCUAUAUGACAGGGAAAGCCAGUGUGUUCAGGCAUGCACCUGUGAGGCAAAGUUUGAAACACAGUUUUUACCUUUUUGAAUAGUAUGGGUGAAGGCUGAGAGUUACUGGGUUCAUUCUUUGCUCACUGCAAUGUCUAAACUAUUUAGGAAAUAAAGGGAUGUUGAACUCUGGAUUCUCUCAGUUUUCUCAAUCAUGUUAUAAAUUAUCUGAUGACAGAGAUGGGGACUUGAGUUUGUGCCCUACAGGUUAUAAAUUGGUCUUUUGGAUGUCUCAUCUGCAGAGAUGGCAGAGUAUCCAGCAAGUAUUUCUUCAGACAAUCACUUACUGUAGCACAGUUAAACUACUGAAUAAGCUGCUUGGCCAUAGAUAAAGAAGUUCUGGAAAGGUUCCUCCUUUCACCAGAAGAAUAUCUGUGGACCUGUCCAUGUAGCCAUAGGAUGUGUUUUGGAUAAUUUGAAGCCUAGGAAGCACCUGUAUUUUGAUGCACCACCAUUAUUGGGUUGGGGUUUUUUCAGUAAAGGUAUUUUUUUUAAGUCCUCCCUAGAUUUCUGUACUAGGACUCCUUAUUUCCAGUGCACAGUUGUACAGUUGAGGCACAAAGUUCAUAAAAACUGAAAUAGCACUUGGGAGUUGGAAAAUGAAUAAGAUUGUCUGUGUACCAAUUUCCUGUAAAUCACCAAAAACCUCAGGAACUGCCUUGUAAAGGAAUUCUGAGGACAGCAGCCAGUAAGGAAAUUGGUCAGUGCCAGGGCAGAAAAACUCCAUAAAACCCCUGCAGAGCCAGCCCUGGCCUCGGGGUUCUGGUCUCUGUGCUUGCUCAGGAGGGUGAAAACAAGCACCAUCUCUGGAACGUUGUUUGUUCCACUGGACUUUCCUCAUCUGUUUUCCCAGAGUAUUUCUUCAUGAGAUGGAAAUUCUGACCCUCAGAGAAGCUAUGCCAAACUGGGAGUCACCAUUUUCAGUAACAUGGUCAUGAGUUUGAAAGAGCACUGGGAGCUGCACUUUGGGAUGCAUUAACUUGUAACCUCAGGAAAGGACACAGAUUUCAGUUUCUGGCUGAAUACCAAACACUGCUUUUGACAUGGUAAGGAUACUGAUAAAAUACAAAUCAUUGCCUAUCAGUGAUGUAAUCAGGAGGUCAGUCCCUGAGCAUUCACAUUGCCCUAAAAAGAAAAUCCCUUGGUAUAAUGUAAGACAACUGUAUCAGAUAAAUUAAUCCUUUUCUAAGUUUCAUCUGUUUUGCUCACCAAGUUUUACUUUGAAAUGGCAAUUUUAGUACCUGUGAAUAAGGUCUGUUGUAAUUGCCCCGUAACUGACUUUAUGUACUAACAGCUUGUGCCAUUGUUGUAAAUAAAAAUGACAAAGACAAUAGGAGCACUUCAUUACAGAUGCAAUUUGAAAAAAUCCUCCUUCCCUUUGAUUUCCUCUUGUUUGUAUUCAGACUUGUAAUGUUGUCAUGCUAUACUGUUCAAACAGUGCUUGUUCUGUAGGUAUAGAACAGUGUCAUUUAAUAUGUGUUUAUAAUACUGCACUACUCUGUAAAUAACAAGAUACUGCUUUCCAAGGUUUUUAAGACUAAUUUUAUAGUUUAGUUGUCUUUUCUUACCAAUUUAUGUACUGUUACUGUUACCUGUUUUUGAAAAUGACAGUGUUUAAUGAACCAGUAAAUGCAGAAAUGUAGAUGCAGAAAACUUCUGCUUACAGUUCUUCAGAAUCUGUAUCAGAGCUGAACAGUUACAGGUGUGGAGCACUGCUAAAUGGCAGUUACUUAAACAAGGAUUUCUUUAAAACAGGCAGCGAGUUUUUCUUCUUGCUACUCUGUAAAUUUGCACUUAUGGCCUUCUCUGUUACAACAAUUAUUUUUAGAUAUACUAGAAAAGAACAAUUUGACCUUGAUUUAAUGAAAAUGUGCCAUAUUUCCAGAAGGAUGCAUUAAUUUGGAAGUUGCAUUCCUGAGCCACUUGUUCUCCAAUGCAUUUCACUUAGGUAUAGAUGGAUUCUAAGAUUUAACCUCUCACUCUAAUGCAUAUCUAGAUGUUUGCAGUAUAUGGGCUUGAGCAGCAAGUUGGUUUUAGUUUUUUCCUUUGUCUCAGCUAGGAUAGAAAAUCAUUAAUGUCAUCUACUAUAAUCAAAUUAUUUCCAUCAUUAAUGGUAGUAGGUUUGGUAGCUCUAGAGCACCUGCACAAAGAUGUAACUUCAGUCCAACCAUACAUAUGAGGGCUCAAGGAUCUCCAAGUCACCCCUAAAAAAUUAAAUUCUAACAAUUGUCUUCACUCUGCUAAACAGAAAUGAGUAAAUAUUUUUCUUCUCUGUUUUGAUGUUCACUUCUGUUCUUAGCAGUGUGAUGUUAAUUGAAAAGACAGUUGAUGCUUUCUUGCAGCCAGGCUUCUGGAAGGUUCUGAAUCACUUACUGAUCACUGCAGCCUCUAGCCCUUGGCUUGUGGCCGAAGCAUUCCCCUUUCACAGCCAUCAGCCACAGAACAUUGCCUGCUAAUCUCAUAGUUGUAGCUGUAGACUCCUUCCUUGGGAGUGGUUAAGAAGGCACAAUUUGUGCAAUCUCUUCCAUUUUAUACUGAGUGUCUGGAGGAUUGGGCACUGUGCUUUCCCCUCCAGCACCAAAGGGGUCCAGACUGUACUGGUUUGUUUUUUUUUUUCCUUUUGACUGGCACCAAUGCAGUUCUCAUCCAAGGUAGCUUUGUUUGUACUCUGUUGAAGCAGAGGUGUUCAUGUAGAUUAUGUUGAUAUGGACCCUUAUCAUAAUUUAGUGAAGCUUUUUAAAUAGUAUUUUUAAUGUGGCAAAGUUUUGAGAGAGGCUGAUGGUGGAGGAAGAAGAAAUACUCACCUGGACUGAGAUUCAGAGGAUGCUUUGGUCACCUGUGCUUGAGAGCAAGGACGCUACUGCUUGUUCAGUUUCUUCCUCAGAACAGUUGAGUUGACUUCAUUAUCUUAGGCAAACACUUGGUUUGUCCUGUUUGUGUUUGACUUGCUGCAAGGACACAACAAGAAGCAGGCCCACUCACUGCCUGUGACUUAAUGUUUCCCCCUGCCCAAGGCAAAGGGGGUGCUGCUCAGCAGAGCCCGGGCUGAGUCCAGCCCUGAAGAGCAGAGGCAGGAGAAAAGCAUUGGAGGAGGCUCAGGGAUGGCAGGAAGGGGUUGCAGUUUGGCUAGGCUAGCUGAAACCAGGGCGUUCAGGAUGCUGUAAGUUUGCAAUUCCAGAUGCUGAAACUCAGGUGGUAAAAAUGUUUCAUAUUUGUCAUUUCACCGAACUCAGCUGGAGCAAUAAAGAUGCUUAUAGUCUGCUAGUGGCAAUGCUCAGGAAAGCCAGGGGUUCAUUUUUCUGAAUUGCCCCAAUAGGCAAGUAGCUGUGGGGUUCUUUCUACCACUGAAGAUGGCAAAACCCAAUUUAAGAGCAUUAAGAAUCUCACAAGACUUGAUCAUUGUGAGGCACAAUGAAUAUUUUCAUCUGAAUGUAGUGUCAUGUACACAAGAAAUUACAAAUGAAAUGAUUUGUUGUGCCUGGUUAAGAAAAUCUGAGCGCCAUAUACUGAGAAAAGGAGCCUACAGGGCAAGAUGAAAUUUGUAAGCAGAAACCUGCUAUCUGGUUGGGGGCCAAGCAGUGCUUUGGGUUUUGUAAAAUAUGUUUAGCACACAAGUUUCCUCAUUAUGGAAUUAUUUCAGAUGGCAUUAAUGAAAAUGGAUCACAAUUGUGUAAGCAGCAGCCUGCCUCCCACAGGCCCAAACCAGCUGUGACUCUGUGUUCCCUGCUCGCUGCCUUUGUGUCACACACAAGUUCAUGAUCACGUUCCUCUAAGAACUGUAAGCGAUUUGCAGGAAUAUUCCUUUUUUCCUACUGUAGAGAUCCAGUCAGUGCUAGUAUGUGUAUGUAUGUGUGCACAUCUGUAUGUGAAUUAUUUUGUGAUCAUUCUCUGAUAGUGCUGUUACAAGUGAUGCACAUAAAGGCCCUGUGUACAACUUGCUAAUAGUGUAAUUAGGGCUUAGUUUGUAUGAUUAGCUCCAAAGAAAAUAUAUAAUGUGUGUUAAUUUUGAAAAUACCUGUGCCUUGAAUUCACCUAUAUUUUUAUCUAUUGUGAAGAAGAGCUUGGAUUACUCCUCCCAGUUUGUUAUCUUUAUUAUGAUUGGUCUUACUGUCCAGACUGCUAAUGUCCUCCUAGGAGAAAUAAAUCUUGCCAUUCAUUAAUUAGCACAGUUAAACUUGUUUAGAACAUGCCUAGAAUGCUUCCAUUAUUACAGUGCUAUGGCAGAUUUCAUCUAGGGAAAUCAGUAUUUGUUUUUUUUCUAUUUUUUGUUUCCAGCAACGCCUCAGUGACAAAGGACUGAGUUUAGUCUUUGACUUCCUGUCCUUAACAUGUACAGUUUCUUGUAUUAGUCAGUAGCCUCUGUGAUAUUUCUGAACUCUCCAAAGUCAUCAACCUCUUGUUCAAGAUACAAAAUAUGAAGCAAUAAUAUGGUGCAUCAUGGCAAUAAGCAAAUCAAGAGACUUGAAUGUAAUGUACUGUUACUAAUUUCAUCUGUGUAAAUGCUGGACCUAUGAGUCAUUCUCCUUUUGGUGCACCUGUAGCACUUUGGAGUUGGAUUAAUAGGAACUACUUGGCCAUGGAAAGAGAGUUUACCUCCUGAACUGUUACUCAUAUGAUAUUUUUGCCUGAAAUCAUAUUUUCAUUUUCCUUUUUGUGCUGAGGAAGACAGCAGUUCUUGUUAUUCCUUGCCAGUUCCUUUCUUUACUGAAACAUAAAAGCUGUAGUUCCACGGAGAGCUGAUCUUGCCCUCAAGAACAGCCGGGUGCAGCACAAAGGACAUUUGAACAGGAAAGCUCAGACCACUUACUGUGUGCCAGAGUCAGUGUAACGGAUCUCACAUUUAACAUUAAGGUCUUCAGAUUGUGCUGACAGUAGAAAAGUGAUUUUGUAAUGUAGCACAAUUGCAGUAACGCCUGUUAUAUUUAAAUAUACUUCUUGCAUAAUUCUUUGAAAGUUUUUUAAAGUUCAGUGUAUCUAAUAAACAUUUGCCUUUUGAAUA